AAUUUUUCUAACAAUUCAAAUUCAAAACUUUUAUUUAUCAUUUAAUUUUUAUAUAAUUUGAAAGUUUAAAAUAUUAUAUUGAAUAUAGGUAAGAACAUCUGAAAUUCAGUACUCAGAUGAAAUUCAGCAUUUUGCUAGAGGUCCAGACCAAUUUGUACGAUGUUAUGGUGGAUAUAUCAUCAACGGCUUUCGAUUUCGCAAACUUGAUAAGGAUAACAAGAGAACCACUCAAAGCCAUGUUAUUGUUGUUAAGGCGCAUACAAGUAUUGGAGAUAUAACCUAUUAUGGAAGAUUGAUAGAUAUUAUCAAGAUUCGAUAUACCAAUGAUAUGCAAUUUGUGCUAUUUAAAUGUGAUUGGAUUGAUGAUAUCAAAGGGAAGAAGAUAGAUGAGUUUAAGAUGACACUUGUCAAUUUUAGUCAUCUUUUAUAUAAUGACAGUGAUGUUUCAAAUGAACCAUUCAUUCUGUAGGCACAGUGUGCACGAAACAAAAAUAACAGGAAGAUGUUGGGAGGCUUGCAUAAGACAGAGAGAACUUCAUUUUCUGUUAUUAGAGCAAAUGUAUAUUUAAAAUAUUAUAAGUUUAUACUAAAUAUUACUUUAGUAUAAAUUUUUAUAUAUAUUUGGAUUAUUUAUGUUAAUAGAUGGAAGCAGAGGGAUUAGAAACAGAUCGACUAAGCGUGUUUAUUAGAACACGUACUUCAAAGUAGGGUGUCAUCGAUGUGGAUGCACAAGAGUGUAUAGUAAGUACAUAAUUUAAAUUCUCGUUACAUAUAGUAUAUUUUAUAUAUUAAUGUCAAUAUUAUAAUUUUUUAUUACAGGAGGAGAUGAAACGACGACUUGAGGAGGUACCUGAGGAUGAGCGCACACCAGAACUAAAAGAUCGUAUCUUUGUGGAGGUGAUGGGAGAAGAUGGACAUGGACGGAUGCGUACUUAGAGUUCGAGCAUGACAAAGCGACGUUUGUAUCAGCAAUCUAAUGAGGCACCAUCAGAGGAGACCAUUAGGAGGAUUCGAGAUGAGCUUCGAACUGAGUUUGAUGACAAGAUUUUCUACUUGGAGGCACAGCUCCAUCAGAUGCGUGCUCAGAUGGCGAGUGGAUCUUUUGCGCAUAGCCCGGUAGGUACUCCUCGUUCGGUGCCAUUCAGUAGUGGGCAGGUUCCAGAUGCAUCUAGUGCUCACCAAACACAUGCAUCGAAAAAUGAGAGAUUCACUCAGGUGCCUGAUGAGGUUUGUGAUGAUAUUCUUGUUGUCCGGAUUCUUUUUUCUUUCAGUGUGAUAGUAUUAAAUUGUUUCUGCAGACUGGCAAACGGAUACAUACGCAUACAUAUAACUUAUUAGAUUCAUUUGUAUUCAUCCAGUGUGAAGGGGCCUUUCACCUUGGUGGAUAGCUUGGUUACAAUGGACAUGAUGAUAAUUAAUCUUGGGCCU